UGGAGAUAGGCGGGUGCGUGGGUGCGCUUGCAAGUGAGCCAACCGGGAAGCAAAGCGUUCACCGAGGAAGAAUCCGUGCUGCCGUGAAGCCUAGGUGCUCGAGGAGACAAUACGGAGGUACUACUUGCUACCCAAAUUGUAGGAGCUGUUUAAACAUUUCCGUGUCCAACAUGGCUGACCCAGCUGCUCCUGAGAGUAGCAAUGGAGAGGGUGCAGGAGGUGCUCGAGGCUUCGCAAGACAGGGUGCGUUAAGACAGAAGAACGUGCACGAAGUGAAAAACCACAAGUUCAUCGCGCGCUUCUUCAAGCAGCCGACGUUCUGCAGCCACUGCACCGAUUUCAUCUGGGGUUUUGGAAAGCAAGGUUUCCAGUGCCAAGUGUGCUGCUUUGUGGUGCAUAAACGAUGCCACGAGUUCGUGACUUUCUCCUGUCCAGGUGCAGACAGAGGUCCUGCAUCAGAUGAUCCACGCAGUAAGCACAGGUUCAGGGUGCACACAUACUCCAGCCCAACCUUCUGUGAUCACUGUGGGUCUCUGCUGUAUGGACUCAUUCACCAGGGCAUGAAAUGUGACAACUGUAUGAUGAAUAUUCAUAAACGGUGUGUUGCCAACGUUCCAAAUUUGUGUGGGACGGAUCACACGGAGAGGAGAGGACGCCUGCAGAUCACGGCUGCUAUCACGGACAACACACUAACCGUGACCAUCAAAGAGGCUCGUAACUUGGUGCCAAUGGACCCUAAUGGCUUAUCUGACCCGUAUGUGAAGCUCAAACUGAUUCCUGAUCCAAAGAGCGAGAGCAAACAGAAGACCAAAACCAUCAAGUGUUCCCUCAACCCCACCUGGAACGAGACCUUUGUCUUUCGCCUACGGGAGGCAGACAAGGAUAGGCGCUUGUCAAUAGAAAUUUGGGACUGGGAUCUGACCAGCAGGAAUGACUUCAUGGGCUCUCUCUCCUUUGGAAUCUCUGAAUUACAGAAACAAGGAGUCAACGGCUGGUUUAAGUUGCUAGGUCAGGAAGAAGGAGAGUAUUUUAACGUCCCUGUUCCCCCUGACGGUGAGGAUGGAAACGAAGAACUCAGGCAGAAAUUUGAGGCAUGUCCAUAUACUAACUCCCGCCCUCUGCUCCCUCAGAGAGCUAAGAUUGGUCCCGGCAAUAAAAACACAGACAGCUCCAGCUCCUCAUCCAAUGAUAUCUCCAAAUAUGACGCCAAUGGAAACCAGGACCGCGUCAAACUCGCCGACUUCAACUUCAUCAUGGUGCUGGGCAAGGGCAGCUUUGGAAAGGUGAUGCUGGCAGAGAGAAAGGGCACUGAUGAGCUGUAUGCGGUGAAGAUCUUAAAGAAGGAUGUGGUCAUUCAGGAUGACGAUGUGGAGUGCACCAUGGUGGAAAAGAGGGUCCUCGCUCUCUCUGGGAAACCACCUUUCCUCACACAGCUACACUCCUGCUUUCAGACUAUGGAUCGUCUAUAUUUUGUGAUGGAGUACAUAAAUGGUGGAGAUCUCAUGUACCAGAUUCAACAAGUGGGCAAAUUCAAAGAGCCCCAUGCUGUGUUCUAUGCUGCAGAAAUUGCCAUUGGUCUGUUCUUCCUACACUCAAAGGGCAUUGUUUACAGGGAUUUGAAGCUGGAUAAUGUGAUGUUGGACUCUGAAGGCCACAUUAAGAUUGCUGACUUUGGCAUGUGCAAAGAGAACAUGUUCGAUGGUGUCACUACCAAAACCUUCUGCGGCACACCAGACUACAUUGCACCUGAGAUUAUCGCAUAUCAACCUUAUGGAAAAUCUGUUGACUGGUGGGCCUAUGGAGUUCUAUUGUAUGAGAUGUUAGCAGGACAGCCUCCAUUCGAUGGUGAAGAUGAGGACGAACUCUUUCAGUCCAUCAUGGAACACCAUGUCUCUUACCCCAAAUCCAUGUCCAAAGAGGCUGUGGCCAUAUGCAAGGGGCUGAUGACCAAACAUCCAGGGAAACGUUUAGGCUGCGGUCCAGAGGGAGAGAGAGACAUUAAAGAGCACGCUUUCUUCCGUUACAUGGACUGGGAAAAACUGCAAAACAAAGAGGUUCAGCCUCCAUUCAAACCCAAAGCAUGCGGUCGUGAUGCUGAGAACUUUGACCGUUUUUUCACACGACACCCACCUGUUCUGACCCCACCUGACCAGGAAGUGAUUGCUAAUUUGGACCAAGAUGAAUUCUGCGGCUUCUCUUUCAUUAACCCGUGUUUCCAUCCUCAAGGAUCCAAGUAGCCAAUUGCAGCCCAGACGUACUUUGUGGACCUGUCAGAGACCUCAGACUCUGAGCUCACUGAUGUGGAGAGAGCAAGCACAAAAAAAUGGACCCUUCAAAUUGAUGAAUGCAGUUUGUACCAACAUUGUCUCAUAAUUCAUAUAUCAGUUUUACAUUUUCAGAACAUUGCUGAAUUCCACCUCUUACAAAAAGACACACUUCAAUUAUGACAAGCAUAUGAACACACACACACACAUAUAUCUGUCUUGCAUCUCAUCUGUUUGAUCUUGUUUGUCAGUGAACAAGAAAUAAGGGACCAAAUUGAUGAACUAAUGAACAUGUAAAUGAAUGAGUCCAGGAACAUACAAUACCUAAUCAUCUACAGUGUGUGUGUGAGUGCGUGUGUGCGUAAGUGGGUAUGCACGUGUGUGUGACUUGUACUGUUCCUUCUGUCUUAAGAGGUCUUUAGAUAUAUGAGGGGGGGUCAUUAAAAACCUGAGAAGUGCCAAGGGAUAUAGUUCUAACAUAUCAUACAUCUGAUUGCUGAUUAACCGUUUACUGUUUGGUCAGGUUGUUUACUAGACUGGACUGUUCUGGGUCCAUACACAGUGUGUGUUUUAAAGACAGAACUGUGUUUAGGACAAACAUAGCUGUGCCAAAUCAGAAUAUUUAGCAGUUCAUGGGAGGGGAGGAGAGGAAUACUAAUGGACAAUAGACUAGACACCCAUCCCUCAAACACGUGUCAAAUGUACAAACACGCACGCAGGCACGCACACACCAGUUUGCCUCAAAUAUAUAUAUUUUUAAUGCCUUAUGUUAAAAUACAAGCAAGUUCUACAAAGUCACACAUUACCAAUAUGUUUUAAACUGGAAGUGCUGUUUUUGUAAUGUCCCAGCCCAAACUCCAAAUGCAUUAUCUUUGUUGUCAUUAAAUGAUGUAUAUCUCUGUAGUGGUUAAUUUAAACGACUCCUCACAGUAAUUGCCGGAUUUCUGUGGUGAUGAGUGAUUAGUAGCUGUUUAAAGGGAGAUGUGAGGAAAAUGUAAAGGUGUGUGAUUUUGUGUAGCCAGACAUCUAAAAAGACCUGCCAGUGUUUUGAUCAGAUUACUGUGAAACUGUGGGGGGAAAAAAAUCUCUUUCUAUAGCAACAGAAAUAUAUAUAUGUAUGAAUGG